GCCGCGCCGGCGGAUGCGGCGCCGCCGGAGUGAGAGGCUGCAGGACCGCGGAGCAGCGGCGCCGUGUCCCGCGAGCCCCUCGGCAGCCAGCGGGCUGUGGCCGCCCGGCCCCCAUGGAUAAAUACAAAGCUCUCGAGCAGCUGCUCACAGAACUCGAAGAUUUUCUGAGGAUACUGGAGAAGGAGAACUUGAGCAGCACGGCUGUUGUGAAAAAGAGUUUUCUCUCUGACCUUCUGCGGGUGUACACCAAGUCCAGCGGUGGUGAUGAAGAAUAUAUUUAUAUGAACAAAGUGACCAUCAAUAAGCAGCAGGGUGACCAAGAGAAACAAGACAAAGCAUUGGAUCGGAGAGAUUCCUUGACCAAUGGAGACUUAGGAUUGCAUUCGUCCCCUCCUCAGAAGAGCCUGCCAGACCUCCCCCCUCCAAAGAUUCCUGAAACAAAGCAGCCUUUGGUCCCCAAGAUCGAAUCCCCAGAAGGAUAUUAUGAAGAGGCUGAGCCAUAUGACGUCUCUGUAAAUGAAGAUGGUGAGGCUGUUAGUAGCUCCUAUGAAUCUUAUGAUGAAGAAGAGAGCAGCAAAGGCAAGUCAGCAACCCAUCAAUGGCCAUCUACUGAGGCUACCAUUGAACUGAUGAAGGACGCCCGCAUAUGUGCAUUCCUGUGGAGAAAGAAGUGGCUGGGACAGUGGGCAAAACAACUCUGUGUUAUCAAGGACACCAGGUUGCUGUGCUACAAGAGCUCCAAAGACCACAGCCCUCAGCUUGAUGUGAAUUUGCUGGGCUGCACUGUCAUUCACAAGGAAAAGCAAGUGAAGAAGAAAGAGCACAAGUUGAAGAUCAUCCCCAUGAACGCUGAUGUCAUUGUGCUGGGGCUGCAGAGUAAAGACCAGGCAGAGCAGUGGCUCAGGGUAAUCCAGGAGACCAGUGGUCUCCAGUCUGAAGGAGGCAGUGAAGGCAACCAAUACAUUCCAGAUUCACAACGUCUUAAUUACCCAAAGGUAGAACUAUCUGAGAGAUAUUCUGCAGCCUCAGAGAGUGGGAGCAGCACAGAUGGCCACCCGGAGAUGACUGAAGGAAAAGAUGUUAAGAAGAAAGGUACAACUGGCCUAAAACUAAGCAACCUGAUGAACCUUGGGAGGAAAAAAUCCAGCUCCAUAGACAGCCCAGAGAGAUCUCUGGAGACAUCAAGUUACCUGAAUGUGCUAGUGAACAGUCAGUGGAAGUCUCGCUGGUGUCAGAUAAAAGAUGGUCACCUACAUUUCUACCAGGAUAAGAAUCGAAGUAAACAGGCUCAGCAGCCCCUGAGUUUGGCGGGUUGUGAAAUUAUCCCAGAGCCAAUCCCUGAUCAUCUCUAUUCCUUCCAUAUCCUGCACAGCGGGGAAGAACGGGUCACUCUGGAGGCCAAGUCCUCGGAAGAAAUGGGCCAUUGGCUGGGCCUUCUCUUAUCGGAGUCAGGUUCAAAAACAGACCCAGAGGAAUUUACCUAUGAUUAUGUGGAUGCUGAUAGGGUUUCCUGCAUCGUUAGUGCUGCAAAGAAUUCCUUCUUCUUAAUGCAGAGGAAGUACUCUGAGCCCAACACCUAUAUCGACAACCUGCCGAAAGGGAGGAUUCAGCAGGAGGAACUCUAUGAUGACGUGGAUCUGCCAGAUGUGCCUGUGGAAGAAGUACCCAAGACUGAAAACAAAUUUGAAGGGGACCAUGACAGAGUGUACCUGGAUCUCACCCCAGUGAAAUCGUUUCUACACUGUGCUGGCAAACAGUCAUGCCAACCUUCACCUCUAAGCUCUCCAUCUUUACAACGGGCUGACAACGAGAGCUUAACAGAUACUGUAACUGAAACAACCCUUGUGGCUAAGGAAGCUGAACCCUCUAGAAAGGCAAUGGAAACCUCAGAGCAGAAAUACCCAGAGAAGUCAGAGCCUGAAGAGUUGUUAUCAAGGACACCCACCAUCAAAAUCCAGACCCAGCAGCAGAAGAUUGCCUUUCCGCAGACAGGCCCCGAGAUCAUGGCCUGCACUACGGUGGUGGACAGCCCGCAGCUGAUGCCCGCACACAGGGACAGGCUGGAGCGGCCCAAGCUGGCACUGCCCACGGCAGCAGUGGAAACCAAGCUAGGCAAGAACAGGACAGAGGCUGAGGUGAAGCGAUUUACAGAGGAGAAGGAGCGGCUGGAGAAAGAAAAGGAUGAAAUCCGGGCUCAGCUCACCCAGCUGCGGAAGGAAAGGCGAGAGAUGAAGGAAAUGUUAGCUGGUUGCACAGAUAAGAGCCUUGAGCAGAGGCUGAAGGAGAUAGAAGAAGAGUGCAAAAAGAAGGAGAGCAGGAGGGUCGACCUGGAGCUGAGCCUAGUAGAAGUGAAGGAGAACCUGAAGAAAGCAGAGUCUGGUCCUGUGACUCUGGGCACUGCUGUGGACACCACACACCUGGAGAAUGCAGCCCCCAAGAUUCAGAUGAAAACCACCAGUCCGGCAAAUAGUGCAGAGAACUCACCAGUCAAUUCAGCGACAGCUUUAAAAAACAGGCCUUUAUCUGUCAUGGUAACAGGAAAAGGGACAGUUCUACAGAAAGCUAAGGAAUGGGAGAAAAAGGGUGCUAGUUAGAACUACAUUUUUCAAGAUGGACUAAAGACUGGAAUUGCCCAAGCAAGGACAAGAGAAUUCAGUCAUCUGGAGAUAGAGGUUGGAUGUGAAACACAAUCGCAUACCUAGCACCUCUUCCACGUCAUGUCAGCUGCUCAGAUGCAACAGUGGAGCUAACAGCUACCAUCACAAAUGAUCAAGUGAUCUUGCUCCUUCCACACAAGUCCUAUCAUAUAGCUAAAAGAGUAACAACCAGUGGCAAUCCUUGCAUCAAAUUUCUAACCCAGUUGAUGUAAACAAGAAUGUUAUUGUACAUAGGGAUGUUUUGUGUAAUUCUACUCUGAAGAUUUAUCAAUGAGUUAUUAAGGUUUCUAUAUUAGUGACAUUAGUGGAUUCAGAAUGGGCCUCUGCUAUUCUUUAUACCCUAGUGGUUUUCAAUCUGUCAUAGUAAAUUACAGUCAAGUAAAGUCUCACCUGUCUUGCUGCCUCUCAUCAUACAGCUGCAGAUGACUCAGCCUUCAAUCAAGGGCAAGAAGUAGAAAGCCAGACUGGAGUGAUGGUUGAAACACAAAUGAGAAGCGCACAACAGCAUGUCCAGUGGGGAAACUCCUCUCAAUUAACAGUGGGGAAACUAUACAUACAGAUGAAGCAGAUAUUUUUAAUUGGUGACCAGAUGCUUCAUGCCCUGUGCUUUAUUCCUAUAAAGCUACCAGCCUGCUGCAGGGUUUGAUUUGCCAGAAUAGCAAGGAAGAUCCCUGCUCACUUUCUAACUCUGUAAGAUGUCUUACAGUCUACCGGCACUAAGAGCUCUGGACAAAGGAAGAUCUUCCAAACAGAUGCAACUAAUUUGUUUGAAGAUAAUCAGCUACUUCAGCUGAGGAACUCAUUCUGAAAAAUUACAUGUGAAGGCUUAUUAAUAAAUUGUCAGUGGCCUAGGCUGGACCACCUUUCAGAUGAGUAAGCUGCAUCCCAAUGCACUCUUCUGGGCUAACUCUUUCCAAGGAGAGCAAAAAAUUAUGCUGUCCACAGGCUCUUCCCCAGACUGUGAGCAGUGCUUUGCUGCUGCUGACCUCUGCUCCCCACCCCCCUGAGCCAUGGCAGACCAGGCUGCCCCAACCACGGCCACAGAUUCUCUCACAGACUCAUCCCCAGCCUGGUACGACACUGUCUUGUGCAUGCUGGCUCUGUGCACCUGGAGGCCUCAAGGAUCCUAAUAUGACUUCUUGUUGUCACAGGCAACAGCAGGAGGGCUCAUGGCCCUAUACAGUCCGCCUGUGUCUGAUGUUAAAGGGGCCUUUCUGAAGCAGCAGUCUGGCCAAGGCUAGUCUCCGGGGAAAGCAGGUCCUGCACCCAUCUGAGACUGACUGGAGAGUUUUCCCUGCCACAUCUCCAGCUGAGCCAUAGGCAGCAUUGGUGCUGUGGUAAUGCUGGUUCAGCAGCAGUUGUGAUGAAGUGCUGCAGAGGGGUGACGCUUCUAUCCAAAUUAUUAAAAGAAAAUAUAGCCCUUGAGCCCAACACUGUAGCCUGCAAAGCUCAGGCCUCUGCUCCCUGGUCAAGCUUUCUAAUGAUGGAUAUGGGACAUCUCAUCCUCCUAAACUUAGAGACCAUGAAAUAGAAAAAAAAAGAGCGGGUCAGAAAUCCAUGCACCCACUUCCCUCUCCUCCCUGGGACUUGCUGCCACACCUAAUGGCCUCUGAUACUCCUUCACACCUUGAGUCCAAGCUUAGUAACUGAAUUGAUCAUUGGGUGGAGGGGGAGCUGCAGCUGGUUUCUGGCCCUGCAGAGGCUAAAGCAACAAAGAUGAUUGAUAACCUGAUUAGGAUACAUGAAUUGUUCUGAGGGCCCUGUGGAUACAUCGAUGAGCAGUACCUGAAGCCAGGAUAAGAACAGACAGGGGAAACGCUACAGCUUCCUAACCCAAAUUGCUCCUCCUAUGGCAUUUCCCCACUUGUAAACACACAACAGUCAGUUCUGUAGUGCUCUGUGCAGCAAAGGGAAAGGCCCUGCUAGACCCAUUGAUCUGGAUAUUUUUUUAAGUGCUAGAAAACCUUUGAAAGGCCUGAGGCACAAACCAUCUCCAAGGGAUGGUCCUUCUCCUAGAGGACAGGAGUACAGGUACAAAAGCCUGAUUCCUGGGGCAGCCUGUGCCUCCAGGAAUCACUGCACAGGUGGCUCAUGGGUGAGUGAGGAUGUUCUGUGGAGAGGCUCUAGGCUCACAUGACACUGCCAUAGAGCUUGCGUGCAGCCAAGCACUUGGUCAGAGUAUCUUGGCAGUGAAAAAGGUGACAUUCCUCCCAUUUUGAAAGUCUCUGCUGAAGCACGGACUAAGUAACCUGCUAAUCCCAAGUAUUAGAAGGAGUUCAUAGGCCCCCAGCCUGUCCCUAUGUAAGGUCUGCAAAAGGGAAAAAAGUCUUGCACAAAAUUACUGAAACAUCUGGCUCAAGACCCAGGUAACUUUACUCUCUGAACGACAGAGAAGCCAUGUACACCAUGAAACUUUUGUUUUGACACGUGAGCUGGCAGAAGAGCCUCUCUCUACCCUAAAUAUAUCCUUAGUACCAUACCAUCACCAUACAACCCCUGGCAGCUGUCCUCUGGCAGUGGUUGUCCAGGCAUUUCACAGUAGUAUCUAGACAGUGAUGGUGGAGAGCUGCUCUGCUUUCCACUCCACAGCCUGCUCAACAUCAGUAGUGCUGCUGGGAUAUCACUAGCAGGGAAUAGUGAACAAACAAACACAGACAAGUCCUGAGCAAUACACUUACUUACUCCAAGACACGAAACAUCAUUAAACAACGUCUCUAUGUCCCCAUUGUUUUUCUAACUCAAGGCAUUCUUUUGUUGUAACUGUGACCUAUAAAGUGGCUUUUUAGAGGGUUUUAUAAUAAAAUGUCAAGUGUA